GACUGGAUGAGCUUGGAGGUCUUUUCCAACCUUGGUGAUUCUAUGAUUCUAUGGGGUUGUGCUGGGCCUUGGGUCCCACUUUGCCACCCCAGAUUCCAUUAAUCUUCUCCUGACGUUAAGGAUUCUACGGCUGGACACAGAGGUGAUGGGUCAACCGUUGGAAUUGAUGAUCUCAGAGGCGUUUUGCAGCCUCGAUGGUUCCAUAAUUCCGUGUUUUUAUGAUGUGGUGUGAAAAUGGAAAUAGUGGGAAAGAUUGGAGAGAAGGGGAAUGGGACGGAGUGGAAAGAGUGGGAAAUGAUUGAAAAAGAUUGGGGGGAAUGGGAAAGAAAUUGAGAAAAUGGGUCAGUGGUUGGACUUGGUGAUCUUUGAGGUCUCCAACCUCCAUGAUUCUGUAAUGCUGUGGUGUUACAAGUGGACAAAGGGACGGUGGGUCCGUGGUUGGACUCUGUGACCUCGGAGGUCUCCUCCAACCUCAGCCUCGGCGUGAUUUUAUGAACGAAUCUACGAUUCCAUCUCAGUCUCAUUCGUUUUAUGAACGAAUCUACGAUUCCGUUCUAUGAUUCCACGCGUUCAUGAAUGAACGGCGGCGGUGACGGGUUGGAUUCGAUGACCUUUGAGGUCCCCAACCUCCAUGAUUCCACAAUUCCACGAUGUUACCGAUGGGUGCAGCGGUGGUGGCUCAGUGGUUGGACUCGGUGACCUCGGAGGCCUCCUCCAAUCUCGACCAUCCCGUGAUUUUAUGAACGAAACGACGAUUCUACGGCUCCAUUCUAUGACUCCAUGAUUUUAUCAAUGGGCGGUGAUGGCCGGCGGGUCGGUGACGAGGGCUCAACCAUUGGACUUAACGACCUCGGGGGUCUUUUCCCACCUUAAUGACUUCCUGAUUCUUCGUGGUGGAUGUGGGGCGGGCUGUCAGCCAGGAGCUCGAGCAGCUCUUGUAUUCUGUCUUUUUUUUUUGGCAAAUGGGCACUUGCUGAGAUGAUGAGGGCUUCGGCCGUCCCCGCUGACCCCACGCUGUUGGGAGGAUGCAGGAAUUUCCCUCGUGGGAUCCAUUUACUGCUUCUCCUCCUCUUCCCACACACCAGCAGCACUCGAAGCGGCGGCGCCGGGUGACCCCGAAUGGCUCUUAAUGAGCACCUCGGUGAUUUCUGCUCUGCCGUCCUCAGGGUCUCGCCCUCGUUAUCAACAGCACUAAUUACCAUCUCAAAUGACGACCUGCCUGCCCUGGACGCGUGGCUGAGGGUGCGACCCGGAUGCUUCUGCAAAGAGGAUGAUGAGAGGCUGCCCGUGUUCAGCCUCACCUUUUCCCCCCUGCGUGGCACCGCUGCUCCACUUGCCUGUUUAUGCAUUUGCUCUUCACGGGGUGAUUUCUUCAAUCUGCUGCUCCUUGGAAAUAAAUUCUGGCGUCGGUGGGAAAAGGAUGGCGAGCCCAGGAGAAGUGCUGAGAUGCGACGCGGGGCUCCUUUGCCCUAAAAAUAAUGCAGAUUCCACCCGGGUUGUUUGGAAAAUGUUGGAUUUUCUUCCGGUUCCUGCAGGUCUGCCCUUCUCCUACGAUGGACAGGCUGCUCGUCUGCCUGCUGGUUGUCAGCGCGGCGGUGAAGGCCAUGCUGUGCCCCAAGCGCUGCAUGUGUCAGAACCUCUCCCCGUCCUUCACCAUCCUCUGCACCAAAACGGGGCUCCUCUUCGUGCCCCCCAGCAUCGACCGGAGGACGGCGGAGCUGCGGCUGAUGGACAACUUCAUCACCACGCUGCGGCGGAAGGAUUUUGCCAACAUGACCAACCUCAUCCACCUGACCCUGUCGAGGAACACCAUCAGUCAGAUCAUGCCUUACGCCUUCUUCGAUCUUAAGGGCCUCCACGCGUUGCACCUGGACAGCAACCGGCUGACCUACAUCAACGAGGACCAUUUCAAAGGGUUGAUUAACCUCCGCCAUUUGAUCCUGAGCAACAACCAGCUGAGCUACAUCUCCCCGAGAUCGCUGGACGACUUCAUCGAGACCAUCGAGGACCUGGAUCUGUCCUACAACAAUCUGGUCAACGUUCCUUGGGAAACGGUGGCCAAGCUCUCCAACGUCAACACGGUCAGCUUGGACCACAACCUCAUCGAGUUCGUCCCGGAGGGGAUCUUCUCCAACCUGCACAAGUUGGCCCGCUUGGACAUGACCUCCAACAAGCUGAAGAAGAUCCCUCCGGAUCCACUCUUUUCCAGGAUUCCCGUCUAUGCCAAAUCCAAAGGGUCCCCGCUGACGUCGCUGGUGCUGAGUUUUGGGGGGAACCCUCUGCACUGUAACUGCGAGUUGGUCUGGUUGAGGCGUCUCACCAGGGAGGACGAUUUGGAGACGUGCGCUUCGCCGCCGGAAUUGAUGGGGAAAUACUUCUGGUCCAUCAAAGAGGAGGAAUUUGUGUGCGAGCCCCCCAUGAUCACGCACCGCACCCCGAAGGUGGCUGUGAGCGAGGGGCAGAGCGUCUCCUUGAAGUGCAAAGCGGUGGGCGACCCCGACCCCUACGUCCGAUGGAUCGCCCCCGACGGGAAGCUGGUCUCCAACACCUCCAGGACGACGUCGUACGAAAACGGGACGUUGGAUCUGGUGGGGACUUCUUUGGGUGAUAAGGGAACGUUCACCUGCAUCGCGUCCAACGCGGCCGGGGAAUCGACGGCGCCGGUGGAGUUGGUGGUGACGCCGUACCCCAACUUGGCCAACAGCACCAACUGUGAGAAGGAGGCGGAGAACGGCCCGUCCGACAUCCUCAUCUCGGCCAAAUCGAGCUUUCCCAACGAGACAAAAGGGCCCCAGGAGAAGGCGGCGGUGGUGGUGGGGGAGCUGACGUCGUCCUCCGCGCUCAUCCAGUGGCCGUCGCAGCAGCACCUCCCCGGGAUCCGCAUGUUCCAGAUUCAGUACAACAGCUCCUCCGACGAGAUCCUCGUCUACAGGAUGAUCCCAGCUGCUAGUAAAUCCUUCUUCUUGACUGAUCUGGUUGCAGGACGUGAGUACGACCUCUGCGUCCUGGCCGUGUACGACGACGGGCUGACAUCUCUGACUGCAACCAGGGUGAUCGGCUGCGUGCAGUUCACCACCCAGGAGGAGUACAAGCAGUGCCGUUCCCUCCACGCUCAGUUCCUCGGGGGCACCAUGAUCAUCAUCAUCGGGGGCAUCAUCGUGGCGUCGGUGCUCGUCUUCAUCUUCAUCCUCCUGAUGAAGUACAAGGUGUACAACAACCACCACAAGAACAAAGCGGCCAAAGUCAGCAACGUCUGCUCGCAAACCAACGGGAGCCACGGCGGCUCGAUGGCGCGCUCCACCUCCAAGCUCACCGAGGGCUCCCACCAGGAGUGCUCAGCAUCCUCCAGCAAAGGCAAAGCUGUGUUGGACUCGGAUUGUGACAAAGUGACUCCUCCAACCCACCCCACCUUCCUAACGACCGAGGCGUUAUCCUAACGGCCCCGGGUUCGCGAGGUGCUGCUUUGGGAACAUUUUGAUGCGAGUGGUUGUAUUUUAAGCCUCACUACUAUUGUCUAUUUUUAAGAUCAGAUGGUUUCAAAGAUAUUUUUUUAAUCUGUAAACAGUUCUCGCAUUCUUAACUAUUUUCUUUCGAUGAUAUUAAAGAUGAGUGUGUGAUUUACAAGAUUUUUUUACCGGUUCUUUUAUAGCAUACACCUCCGGUAUCAAGGCAGCGGCAUCGCUCGAUUCUGACUCGGUUUGUCCGUAGUGAAAUGCACUAUUUUUUCCCUUUGGUUACAGACCAGCAGCAUUGGAUUACUCUCAGGAUCUUCAGACUUCCUCACCAAACUGCUCACACCUCCAAGGAGCGACGUGUCGCAGGAUGACUCAUUGCCAUGGGCGUGUUGGAUGCGUGCAGCUUGCAAUAGGAGUGACACGAAGUUCGGGGUUCCCUAUGGAAAAUUAUAAAAAAUUUAAAAAAAUUAAAAAAAAAAAAA